UAAUUGGCCCAUUCACAUUCAGUACGCAGCCUCCAAUUUAAACCGAUCCUAAAUUUUUUUUUUUUUUCCUCUCGAAUUCCAUUUCCUUUCAUGGCGACGGUGAUUUCGGCCGUUGCAACCGCCGGGCAGUACCGUUAUGAUUACGGGAGGUUGUUUCAACGCCCGGCGGGAGCUCCGAGUCGAGGUUUUCCGUGGCGGUGUUUUGCGAAACAGAGGUGGAGAAGAUUGAUGGUUAUGAAGAUGAAGAAGAAGAAAAGUGAAGAAGAUGAAAUGGUUAAGAAAUUGAAAAUGAGUGUGGAGGAGAAAAUGAGGAAGAAGAAAGCAGAAAGAGAGGGUUAUUUGAUAGCUGCAAUUGUUUCGAGCUUUGGGAUCACUUCAAUGGCCGCCAUCGCUGUUUAUUACCGAUUCUCUUCCCAAAUAAUGGAGGGCGGAGAAUUUCCAAUUUUAGAAAUGUUCGGCACUUUUGUACUAUCUAUUGGUUCUAGUGUGGGAAUGGAAUUUUGGGCAAGAUGGGCUCACAAAGAGCUAUGGCAUGCAUCGUUAUGGGAUAUGCACGAGUCUCAUCACAAGCCGAGGGUUGGAGCAUUUGAAAAGAACGAUGUGUUUGCGAUUAUAAACGCAAUUCCAGCCAUUGCCCUUCUUUCUUUCGGCCUCUUCAAUCAUGGCUUCUUUCCCGGCCUUUGUUUUGGUGCCGGUUUGGGAAUUACGGUGUUUGGGAUGGCCUACAUGUUCGUCCACGAUGGCCUCGUUCAUCGUCGUUUCCCCGUGGGUCCCAUUGCCGCUGUCCCCUACUUACGACGUGUCGCUGCUGCCCAUCAUAUCCAUCACACGGAUAAAUUCGACGGAGUUCCGUACGGGUUGUUUUUAGGACCCAAGGAACUGGAAGAAGUGGAUGGCGAGGAAGAGCUGCAGAAGGAAAUUAGGAGGAGAAAUGUUUACAGAAAUUAAAUUAACUUUUCUUAUAAUGUUAUAAUUAUUUACAUUAAAAUUACAAGUAGUAAAAAGAAAAGAAAAGAAAAAACACCACUCUCUUUUCUUGUAUAUCUUUUUUUUAUUUUUCUUAAGGGAAAAUUAAAAGAAGGAAGUGCUUAUUACCA